GUGUUUUCAGAUAUAGCAGAGACCCUGCGUUUCCUGCUCUGUGGAGCAUCUAAUGGGAGCUGUCAAGAGCAGAUUGACCUUGUUCCCAGAAGCCCCCAGGAGCUUUAUGAACUCACCUCACUCAUCUGUGAGCUGAUGCCAUGUCUGCCCAGAGAGGGCAUCUUUGCGGUUGAUGCCAUGCUAAAGAAAGGCAGUGCCCAGACCAUGGAGGGUGCCAUCUGGCAGUGGAGAGAUGAUAGGGGCCUGUGGCACCCGUACAACCGCAUUGACAGCCGCAUCAUUGAAACUGCACACCAGAACGGAGAAGAUGAGAUAAGUCUGUCGACACUCGGCCGUGUCUACACAAUCGACUUCAACUCUAUGCAGCAGAUAAAUGAAGACACUGGCACUGCCCGUGCCAUUCAGAGAAAACCCAACCCUCUGGCCAACCCCACUACAGGUGCACAUGCCACACUCAUACUACACUAA